AGCUGGUUAAAACGCUCAUAUCGUCGCAAUCCUAAUGUUGGGAUUAUUAGAGCACCGGGUAUUUCUUCAGUGUCCGUAACCUCUAAGAUAGGGGCGAGAUGGCUCAAGUGGCUUGGGCAACCUGGUAGUAUCCCAGACUUCGUGCCUGCUUCGUGUGGCAUGGCAGCUAGCAGCGAAAGGGUGGGCCAAUUGGUUAGAGCGCGGUUAACCAACCGGGAGGUUCGUGGUUCGAACUCGACCUCUGCCUCCCGACUCCACCUGUCUAGGCUUGGGCAACCUAGCAGUAUCCCAGCCCUCGUGCCUUCUUCAUAUGGCAUGGCAGCUAGGCACCGAAAGGGUGCUACAGUUGAACGAUUUUUUAUGGUGCAAAAUCACCGUGAAACAGCGACUGUUUACUUUCAGUGGUGA